AUGUGCGUGCUUCGGCUGGAGAGGUGUUUGGCGGGCCGGCGAGGCGGAUUUCCUUGCGCGCGAGGGCGUCGCGGCCGCUCCGUAGCCUCGGCAGCAGGAAAGGCGGGCGCCGAAGAAGCGGGUCUCGGGGGCCACCAGCGAGGAUUGCGGCGCCUGGGCGCGUGGAGACUUGCCGGAGCCCCGCUGCCCUAUGGAUCUAACCUAGCAGGGCAGUGCUUUCGCGCGGAUCGGCCCUUGGAAGACGUAAGUUUGCGCCCGUCCUCUUCUGCCUCCACUUCGCAAUGUGGAUCUUGCCGCCGCCGCCUGGUUUCGCGCCGGGGGAGCCCGAGGGGUUAGCAGGUGCCCAGCUGGCUCCUCUUCCUCUCGCGGUGGGGUGGGGUGGGGGGCUGGCGGCGGCGGCCAAGGCUGUUUCCCACACGACGCACGUCCUCUUUCCCCAGGCGCUUGGGGGGGGGGGGCGGCGCUCGGGUGGCUUUCUGCUGAACGGCAACGCGCGCAGGCGAGAUUUCUGAACUUGUUGCUGCGGGCAAGGAAUAGGCUCGGACUCAGCGGAAAGCCCGGAGGGGACGACGACACGGGUGGAUCAAAGCAGGGGAGGGGGGAGGACCGGCCUCUGCUGCCAGGUGCUUCUGGCGGGAGAACUAGCUAAUGCACUUCCUCAAAACCUCUGGCUUAAGGUGCGAGACCCUGUGGGUGCGUGUUGUUUUUUACAUGCAUUCUCCCACUGAGGCAGCUGACACAUCCAUUGAUUUCCAUGGGUGUUCGUUGCAAUGACAUGAAACCUAUUUGACAUUAUCUGCGGGCUUGUUUACACCGAAAGAAGUGAUCAGUGUGUGGCUUGGGUGACUUGAAUUAUGGCUGCAUUGUCUAACUCGAGUACUGUGUAGGCAUGGGUUGGAAUUUAUGCUUGGUUUUGAAUCCCACGUGAUCAACCCUCAUUUGCACCUUCGCUUAGUGCGCAGAGGGGGUAGAUUCCACCUGGGGUUGCUUGCCCAUUCUCAAGUUGUUUAAUGUGGAUUAGGUGCCUCUUAACAUCCUGUAUCUGGAGGGAGUUCUGGUGCAUCUUUGCCAGUGCAGGUUCAUGGGAGUUUUCAGGGAUCUGUGUGAAAUAGUUAUUUUUAUUUUAUAUAUAUAUAUAUAAAAGGUCUGAGGUCUAGCGCACUUGCAAGGCAGAGAUGGUCUCUCUUAAUGUGCUAGAGGCAGGUGGAAAUUCCGGCCAUCCUUAUUAUUUGUAGUUUUUUCAGCAAGCGUUCAAAAAUAUUGUGUCUGUGGUAGCUGCAACUGGUGGUUGGAGCGCAGUGAGAUGAUUCCUUUCCCUAUUGCUCUUGCUUCGUGGUGUGAGUGUGCGCUUCAUUGAACGUAGUCGGCAAGGCAGGGAUUUCCCCUUUUGAGUCUGAGUGAGAUUUUAGCAGGUCAGUAGAAAGGCGUGGAGGCUGCAAGGAGGAAAUGGUGGGUAAGACAAAGAUGAUAAAGAGGCUUCCCCCGUCCUUCCACUCCGCCUCCUCAGAAAGCACCAGGGGGGAGAGGGGGGAAAAUCCCUGCAUGCUCAAACUAGCACACACAACUUUCGUAUUGGUCUUGAAAGGUAGAGGAGAAAGGAGUGUGCAGUGCAGCUUUAAGUACUGGAAAGUCCGUCCCCCUGAGGUAAUGGUAACCUCAGCCAUUUCCCCUCCUCCUGCAAAUGGGUGGGUGGGGAGGCUGGGGGAAAUAAUCCCUUGUUUUCAUUCAUAACUUUUUCCUCUUCCUCUCUGUCAGCUCUGCAUUCAUCGCCUCCGCUGAGAUCGGGUUGCAGAGUGGGCAGUGCUGCCCUUGGUGCUUUCUCGUUUUUCUCUUUGAGAGUCCAUUCAGGGCUGAGUUUUUACAGCAUUUCUCCCCCCCCCCUUUCAAACGGAAAGUCUGCUGUUAGAAGGCUGCUGAUAGAAACGCAGGGCUGAUGCCUUACAAGGAAGCCUUUUAUGGGUGGGGAGUUAAGAAUACUAGAUAGAUAGAUAGAUAGCUGUCACAGACUGCAGCCCUGUGUAUACUUUACCUGGGUGUAAGCCCUAUGGAACACAGUAACAUUUACUCCCUUGUAGCCAUAGGAUUGUACUGAACUGCUGCUUGUGUUGUCUACGUCCUGCCUUUUUAUUUUGUUGGAAUAAUUAAGGCUGCAAUCCUAAACUCCUUGUUCUGGAGCAAGGCUCCAUGAACACUUUGGGAUUUGCUUAGGAAGAAAUACUGAUAGGAUACCUGGCUGGUUUUUUGUGUGUGACUUUUGCAAACAAUUCUAUCCCACCCUCCUCCUAAGAAGCUCUGUAGCAGUUCCCACCCUACAUUUUAACAUCCCAAGAACCCCAGUCUGCUUCAAAGAAUGGCUCAAAGCUACUGACUCUUAAAAAAGGACAACAAUAGAAAGAAUUCUCUAGUGCUCUUUAUAAAAGCCUAUGAAAAGGAAAACUUGUGUGAGGCAGAUAAGGUGUGACUGAGUUGAGCAGAGCUCUUUGUCUUGCACUCUCUACACCUUGAACAGGUGAUAGGUGGGGUGGGGUGAACCUGAGCGGUCCCUUGCUUCCCCCUCCCCACAUGUUCUGAUUAAAGAAACAUAUUCUUCCCUCUUUUAAAUUACUGCAUGAUUUCUUUUGGGGUGUUUUUAAAAUGUCUUAGAGAAGAACACAGGUGGGGAGAUGUUGUGGUCCUUCAGCUGUGAGGCAGUACAGUUUUGAUGACAUUUGCUGUUGGAAACCAAAUGUUGGUUGAUUCCUUACUUCCUUUUGUCUAAUUACUGAAUGACAGAUCCACAUUUAUUUAUAAACACCACUAUUAUUUUGAUCAGGGGGUCUGAAUAGAUGGCAUUUAAGGUUCUAUAUUGGAGGCCCACCUUAGUCAACCUCCAUAAAGGAAUGGAAGCAGGAUCUUAAAACUAAGGCAUCUGGUGCGUGCAGCGCUUAAGCAUGUGAGCUGCUAUCUGGCUCAAAUUUUCCGCAGUUAUGAACUCCUUCAGGAGACUCAGUCUUUGCUGCCAUUAUGCCUAAAAUGGACUCAUCCUUCUGACCUCGCUUGCUGGUAUGUUCUAUGUAAAACUGCUGCUAAAAUACCCAGUGUGUUACAUAGAACUAAAUGUAACAUUACAUUAACGCUUUGUUUUGUUCAGGGGAGGAAUGCGGGAAAUUUUUCAAAUCAAGUGUUUCACUCUUUUUGAAACAAUAUUUUGAACAGCAAAUUGUCACUUUAAAAAAAAAGGCUUCCCCAGAAAUUAACAGAUGACCACUUCAGUAGCGUCUUGCAAUAGUGGUCCCAAGAGAUCCAAGAUGGUUCAAACGAAAAAAACACAUUUAUGUCUUAUCUGUCUAAUAUACGCCAUUUUGAAUCCUGUCUAACUAUUCCUCCCCUCCCUCUUAUUUUGUGCAGCAGAUAGCAUACUUUUCACUUACAAGUGAAGGUGCACAUAAUCUUCCCAAACAACUGAUUAAAUGCCAUACUUUAUUUGUCUUAUCUUUUCUGCUGCAACCCUUUCCUGCCUCCACCUCCUCCUUUCACACCCUGCCUUAUGGUCCAAGAAUACUUGGAAGCCUAUUGUGUAACAGGAUGUUUACAUCUGGUGUUUUGCUUUAAUGAGCGUGCUAGAUUGUUUUGAUUUUUUAAAAAAAUUUUGGAAAGAGAUAUUUACUCCCAGAAAAGAAAAAAAUUCUUCACAUGCUUUCCCCAUUGCUAAUAUGCUUCAGGCGUCAUGGAAUAGCAGUUAAAAAGGCAGCUAUGCUGAAUUUGAGUUUAGAAUCAGGCUUGGUAUUGGAAUGUGGCUUUGACAGCGAAAACGGGCAAGAGCUUCUUACAGGUCCUGCAGUUUCGGGGCAUGAAUGUGAUUCUGUAAUGUGGCUUUGAAGCACAUUUUAUGUUGCAGUCGGUGGUUAGACAUAAGGGGGAAUGUACCUGAAGUAGCUUCAGCUAUGUUUGAUGUAGCAUGAAAUAACUAUAAGAAUAAAAUGUGCAUGCAUAACGCUCAUAACUUCACGCUUGGAAAGAAAAGCUAUGCAAACAUGAAAGAUUUUUGUUUCGUUCCUUAAACUGUAAGUUAAUCUUCGGUGUGCUUUAUUUACAAUAUCUACUCUCAUAUAACACAUACGUAUUUGUUUUAAACUGCUAUGUGCCCUUUUACUCGAAGCCAGUGUAAUUCCAUCCCUGGGAUAUUGUUAAUAGGUAGUUAGGCCAAUUUGUGGCUUGCUGUAAAAUGUUUUUAUUUGUUUGGGUGGUGUAUUUUAUUUUUUGCUGCUGCUGCUGUGUGUGUGUGUUUUCGUUUUAGGAGAAGCAGUCUCCCUUUUCAACUCUUGUUUUUCUCUCUGCCUCUCUUUUAGGAUUUCCGAUGCAUGCCAGGUUCCUGGUGA